AUGUGUAGCGACGUAAAACAAGUUGAAAUCAAUGGAAAACACUCCAAAUUCAAUGUCUACGUCCAGGGCGACUUGGAAGAGCGCAACCACAAAACUGUCAUAUUGACCGUUCAUGAUGUUGGCACUAACCGUAAGUUUAAAAAAAAUGUUUUUUAAAAUUUUCGUACUAUAUAGCAUUAUUGUUUAUACUAAGGAUAGAACAAUUUUUUGUUUUUUAAUAAUGGUACUAUAUAGUACUAUCAGAAAGCUCGCUACAACUUUUUUCUUUUUGAAACUUAAUUUCAAAAUUCUAGACAAAUCAUUUGUCCGAUUCGUUGAUCACGCCAGUAUGGCUGAAGUGAAGAAGAACGCUGUCUUCUUGCACGUCUGUGUACCCGGCCAAGAAGACCAUGCUCCUGACUUUGCUGGGGAUUUUCCGACUUUGGCUCAUUUGGCCGAAGACCUUGUAGUGGCAUUGGAUCAGUUGGAUGUCAGGUCUUGCAUUGCCUUUGGCGAAGGAGCUGGAGCCAAUAUUAUUUGUCGGUUUGCCUUACAGGCUCCGAAUAGAAUUAAUGGAAUCGUCUUACUGCACUGUACUUCUACUACGGCUGGCGUUUUCGAGUACUUCAAGGAUAAGGUAAAUGAUUUUUGGGUAUAAAAAAAUUAGAAAAGUGAUGGGUUUGUUAAAAGAAUUUUUUUUAAAUAAUUUUUUAAAUGCAAAAAGAAAAAAAAAGUUUUAUGAUUUUUUAAAAAUUUCUAUGGUGGCUCAUUACUUUUUGAACAACCGAGUCAAAGCUAUAAUUAGUUAUACUGAAAAUAAAUAAUUUCGUUGAUAUUGUAGAUGAUCAACCUACGUCUUGAAAAUGACGUCAUGACUGACGGAGCGUGGGAACUUUUGGUCAUGCACAAGCUUGGAAAUGUAAGUUUUGACAUUGUUUUUUGUAAAGAACUAUUAUAAAAAGAUUUUUAAAUAUUUUAAGAUUGUCUUAUACCUUUAGAGGACCACAAAAUGCCCUAAAAAAGAAAAAUGGCAAGAACUUUCUUUACAAAUCUAAAAAUGGCAAGAACUUUCUUUACAAAACAAAGCAUGGCAAGAACUUUUAUUUAUUCACUACAAAAAUGAAGUAAAAUAUGGUCAUUUGACUUUUUUCAAAAAUAGUAUUUUCAGAACAACAAGAAAGACAAACAAGCUUACAUUGAUGAGUUGAAAGGCACAUUGAACCCCAAAAACUUGUCCAAAUACUUGUUUUCCUUCAGCAAACGUACUGAUUUCUCAACUGUUUUGGGAGCUAAGCUUGAUACGUAAGUUGGUAUUUUGAGACGCCGUCAAACUAGGCUAGUACGACACUCAAAGGACUUGAUUAAAGUUUCAAUAUUACCUAUUUGUCACAAUAUCUAGGUAGUUUUUAAUAAAAGUUCUGUUACAAAGGAAGAUCAGAAGGUUGUCCUUAUAAAGAAUGUGUCAUACUAUCGAGAGUCAUAUAAAAAAGGUUUUACUGUAUGACAUUUCUUACCGAAUCAUCACGUCUUUUUCAGAAUUGACGCCCUCCUAGUCACCGGCUCUCGAGCUCCUCACGUCAACACCGUCUACAACACUCACAAGAACAUGAACAAGAAGAAGACGACCUUGUUGGUCGUGGACAAUGUCAGCGAUGUAAUGGCCGAAGCUCCUGACAAUCUGGCUAGAUCAUUGAUUUUACUGUGCAAAGGGUGUGGCGUGCUGAGUGGCGUGGCAAUUCCGGGCAUGGAAAGACAACGAACCUUGUCCAGCUCUAUGGAAGAAGCCGACCGUCCACGUCGUUUCUCCGUCCAACAGGCUGCUCCAGCUGUACCGGCUGCGGCUGAAUGA